UGUCUCGAGACAUGGCAGAGUAUAAAAGUAUCGAAGUGCUAAACAAUAUAAGUAUAUAGUGAAUUGUUGAUACAAUAUAUGUGUAUUGUAAUGCACAAAAGAGACUAAUAUUGCAUGCCGAAUGUUGAUGUAAUCGUCGUUAUAUAAUUGUACAAUAGAACAAAGAUGAAAAAUUACGUGUCAAGCCACGCGACAGACUAAAUUAUGCUGAUUGCCAAUCAUACGAACACACAUGUCCCAAGAAAGAAAAGGUGUGCAUGUCGUUACAUCUCAUCUCGUUACAGCUCGUAACCGAAGACAAGACUCUAAGAGAAGACUGACUGCAUUGACUCUGUUCGCGAUUGUCAGCGCAUCGCGAUAGAUUAACAAUUAAUAACAGGUAACGAGCAGCCAGCAGAACGGAGCUGUCAUCACAGCGACUACUCCACAUGUGGACAUCGCCAUCCCGACUUAGGAUCGGCCGGGCACCCAGGAAAAAGACACAGCCUUAAGCUGAUAGCUGCGCCAUCAGCUGCUGUGGCCGGUGAAGGAUGGAGAACACCGAUGGAUCUAGGAGGAAGCUCUCUUUCCUCGGCUUCGGCAAACGGAUCGAUGGGCAUGGCGCGGAGAUGGGACCGGAGCUCGACGAGGAGAUGGAAAAGGUGUUCGCGAUGGACACCGCGGAGAAAUUUGACGUAGCCCGGCUCGGUUCGCCCUCGGAAUCGACUGGAUCCGAUCGAGAUCGCGAUCGCGGACCACCGCGAUAUAGCGAUCGCGAUUUCAAUCAACAUCGAAAAAGAAGUUAUCCUCAUCCUCACAUGCCCCUGAAAAGCUUACAUUCCAGAUCUAUGCGACGGCAUUUUUCACCGGAAGGAUCAGAAGAGAAGGAUCACAGCAAUGUCCAGGCGAAGAGUAAUAAUGAGGUUCAGGAGGUCGAUGGGACAAAUCAUAACGGAUUGCAAUUAGCCAUCGCAGCCGAAACCGAGGUCGAGAUCGAUGAAGAAACAGCGGAGGAAAUUGAAAACAUAAACAGUAGUGAGAGCGAGGCACCAAUCUCAGAAAGAGCAGCUUCCGGUUUCAGCGAUAGCCCGUCCGUUGGUAGCCCGAGAGUACAAUUCGAGAAAAUCAAGGAAGAAGAUGGAUCGAGCGCACAAACGCCGGAAGUACCGACGGAUGUUGCUCCUCCGAGCGGCCUCCAUGAGGAAGACCGAAAGUGUCGACGGCAUCAAAAACACGAACAUAAACGUCAUCACUACAAGUCUCGCAAAUAUUCCCUGCAGGAGGAUCCGCAAUGGCGGAAACGAUCAGGGGCCGGUGUGUCAGACAUAUCGAGUUUACUGACUCGACGCGUCAGUGUCCAGCCAGAGGAGGCGAGCACUUUGCAAGAGCUUGACAUCGAUGACUUGGAAUCACAUCGGAGCGAUGAUCCGCGUGGUAUGCGUCGGCAUAAAGCCGCCCAUUCUAUGAUGGUGCAAAUUGGCCGACGCAAAGAGGGCGGGAUCCCUCUCGAUACUUUUAAAAAGAUGUACGAUCACUCGCCGCACGAGGUGUUCGUCCAACUGGACGAAUUGCACGGUUUGGGCGAGGAACGUGAGUGGCGAGAGACUGCCAGGUGGAUCAAAUACGAGGAAGAUGUUGAGGAAGGCGCAGACAGAUGGGGCAGGCCUCACGUGGCUUCCCUCAGUUUUCACUCGUUGCUGAAUCUCCGUCGUUGCCUAGAGACCGGUGUAGUCCUUCUCGAUUUGGAGGAAAAAGACUUGCCCGGGUUGGCCUAUAGAGUAGUCGAGCAAAUGGUCAUUGAGGAGCUGAUCCUGCCCGAGGAUAGACCAGUCGUGAUGAGAGCACUGUUACUUAGGCACAGACACGUGCAUGAACAUGAACGUGGUUUCCGAUUCGGCGGCAAGAGGAGUUACUCCAGUUACACUAGUCUUCAGUCCAUCUGGCUGGAGGAAGAAGAUGCUGCGCGGGAAGCCGCUGAGAACCAUGUAACCCAACAUAAUUUGCACGACGCGAAGCCGAAGAUCAUAUCAUCGAAUCUGGCGCUCGACAGUAAUCAUCACACCGCGAUCGAUAUAAAGGAGGAGUUAACAUACAUGAGUAGCAGCGAAGACCUAAAGAAGAGUCACAACGACUAUAUUCUGAAGAGGAUCCCGGCUGGUGCCGAGGCGACGGUUGUUCUUGUCGGCGCCGUCGACUUUCUAGAUCAGCCGACAAUAGCUUUUGUGCGAUUGGCCGAAGGUGUGCUGAUGCCGUCCAUUACAGAAGUUACAAUACCGGUCAGGUUUAUGUUCACAUUGCUGGGACCAAGAAAUGCGGACCUGGACUACCACGAGAUCGGUCGUUCCAUCUCCACGCUAAUGGCGAACACAUCAUUUCAUAAAGUUGCUUAUAAGGCGAACGAAAGACGAGAGCUAUUAUCAGCCAUCAAUGAGUUUUUGGAUGAUUCGAUCGUACUACCGCCCGGUGACUGGGAGAGGCAGGCCUUGUUGCCAUUCAAUGAACUCAAGGCGAAAAGCGAAGCUAUCAGAAAGAGGAAGGCGAAAGCGUUAGAGGAGAAGAGUAAGCCAGUGCAAAGCGAGGCAGCUGUAAAAAAAGCUCUUCUAGCUGGCGAAGAGGAAAAGAAAGAUGAUCCAUUGCGACGCACUCGACGAAUGUUUGGUGGCCUCAUCAAUGACAUCAAGCGUCGCUAUCCUUUUUACUUGUCCGACUUUACAGACGGAUUAAAUUCCUCCUGUCUUGCGGCGGCUAUCUUUAUGUAUUUCGCCGCAUUGUGCACCGCUAUUACUUUUGGCGGUUUAAUGAGCGAUAAGACGCAGAAUGUGAUUGGCAUUUCUGAAACCUUAGUUUCUGGCUCGUGGACGGGCGUGGUAAUGGCUUUGUUUGCAACUCAACCAUUGGUGAUUAUCGGCACGACCGGUCCCUUAUUGCUUUUUGACGAGAGCCUAUACGCCUUUUGCUUGGCGAACAAUCUCGAGUUCCUUACUGUACGGGUAUACGUUGGCGCCUGGAUGGGCAUAAUCGCCCUGGUAAUUGCCUGCGUCGAAGGUUCGGUUCUUGUGCGACUCUUCACACGUUUCACCGAAGAGAUUUUCACCGGAUUGAUCUCUAUCCUCUAUAUCGUUGAAACGUUUAUUAAACUCUAUAACUACUUCAUGCGUAAUCCACUUCUCCACGAGUACAGCUUUGGUCCGGAUGCCAACAAUACCAUCUAUCCGCUCUAUGCCGUCGAAAUGAAGGUAACUAAUGCACCGUGGAAUAAGACCGAAGAGAAUCUGUACUUGGAGAAUCCCCGCGAAUUAAUACCAAGUCGCGACGCUGCCGGAUUGUUGAUCAAUCAGCCCAAUACAGCUCUGAUGUGUACUAUCCUUUGUCUCGGUACUUUCCUGGGUGCUUACUACUUAAGGAUCUUUCGCAAUAGUCAUUACUUGGGUCGUAGCGCCCGACGAGCCUUCGGAGACUUCGGCGUGCCCAUCAGCAUCAUCGUUUUUGUCUUGAUCGACUAUCUGGCUAUGGUAAAGACAGAGAAAUUGCUAGUUCCCGAAGGUCUCUCUCCGACCGUACCUGGCAGAAGUUGGUUCGUUUCUCCGACUGGCUUUGAAAAAUCUAUUCCUGUUUGGAUGGCUUUUGCGUGCGUGAUACCAGCUUUGCUGGUUUACAUCCUUGUGUUUAUGGAGACUCAAAUAUCAGAAUUGAUCAUCGAUAAGAAGGAACGCAAGUUACGUAAGGGUAACGGCUAUCAUAUGGAUAUUGUGGUAGUUUGCCUAAUGAAUGUGGGAUGCGGUCUAAUGGGUGCGCCCUGGUGUUGCGCCGCGUCGGUGCGCUCCCUCACUCAUGUAUCCGCCGUGACUGUGAUGUCGCGUACCCACGCCCCCGGCGAUAAGCCGCACAUCGUCGAGGUGAAGGAACAGCGAGUGAGCGCCCUUCUGGUCGCAAUACUGAUAGGCGUAAGCGUGCUGAUGGCGCCACUAUUACGCCGAGUGCCGAUGUCCGUCCUGUUGGGUGUGUUCCUCUACAUGGGCAUCUCGUCAACGAACGGUGUGCAGUUGUUCGACCGCGUAAAGCUGUUUUUCAUGCCAGUCAAGCACCACGGCACAGCAAACUACGUGCGGCGCGUGCAAACUUACAAGAUGCACGUCUUCACCCUUAUACAGAUUCUGUGCCUAGUCGUGCUGUGGAUAGUCAAAAGUACAAGGGCUGCCUUGGCUCUACCCUUCUUCCUCAUCCUGAUGAUGCCGUUGCGCGCUCAAAUGAGCCACUUCUUUACCGCGGCGGAGUUGCGCGCCCUUGAUAGCAAAGGACCCGAACACGAAGUCGAAGACGAGCUCGAUUUUUAUGAGGAGGCUCCGUUACCUGGUUAGACUGUGCCUUAAUCGACAUGUCUUUUUCUCUCAUACUCUUUCUCUAAAUUCGUCUGUCUUUUCAACUAUUUACUGGUAUACCUGCCUCAUACAUCAGGGUCUCCUAAAGUGUCUAGUGCCAGUCAGAGAGUACAGAGUUCUAUUUUCAUCAGAUUGAGAUGUAUAAUGUUCUAAUGUUGGGUUUACUGAUAGGAAACUGAAAAGUGAUAUCCAAUGUAUUUUAGAUAAAUGAUAGCGUCGAGAAUAUCGACAAUUGUAAGAAAUUAUUGGAUUUUUUUGUGAAUUCUUAGUUGCACAAAUCUUUCCGCAGAUUCUUGUUUCUAUUCUACUUUCUUAAUUUUUGAAGAAUUUUUGAAGCUUGCUUCUGCAAAUUUUUAAUCUCUCAUAUAUAUUUAAAUAUGCAUAUAACUGACAUUCUACGGGCUUUUAAUAAAUUCUUGCUCGCGCACAUAACAUCGCGAAUCUUUAAACUUUUAUUACAAAUCAUUAUUUUACAAUUUUAAUUCCAAAAAUUAUAGUAUUUUUAUUUAACAAUUUUCCAAAUUUGUAGAUGCACGAAUAUUCAAUUAUAUUCUUUGAUAGCUGCUUUAAUUCCGUCUAUAUUUAUGCAGUUUUUUUUUUAUCGCAAAGCUGUGUAAAAAGUUUCAUUAUAGUAAAGCAAUUAUUCAUAUAUGCCUAAUGAAUGCUUGGAUAUGUUUACGUUCUUGAAAUUAAAAGAGGAAAGCCUCUGAGUGCCUCAAGUUUGAUCGUCCGAUGAUACAAUGCUCAGGAAAAGUUAAUGUAAUGGCACGUAGAAAUAGUGCCAAAUCGAAAUGCGUUAUGGGAAUAAGUUUGGCUAGGUGGUGUAAUCGCCGAAAAAUAAUCAUAAUUCUUACAAAUAUUUUUUCUUCCUCUUCCUCUUCCACAAAUAUUUCUUUGAUCAUUCAGAAUUCUAUACAUCGUACAAUUAAUAUCUCAGAUUCUUAGAUUCUGCGAUACAUAAAAUUUUCCUCUCAUAUUUCUUCACUUAUUCACAAUUGCUUCGCAAUGCACGUCCUUUAUUUAUUUGAUAUAGAGUAGAAAACUUUCAAUCUUCUAUUAAUACGCGUUUUUACAAAUACGAGAUUCUGUCGAUUUUCAAUAUUCCAUGAUUUAUGAUGACUUAAUUCAUAUUUUAAACCUUUAUAAUCCGAUUAAUCCCAUUGUUUUCGCAAACUUUUUUACAUUCUUAAAUCAAUUUUGAUUUCUGAUUCUUAUUUACAUAUAAAUGUACGCUAUUUUUAAAUUCAUAAGUACUUACACAUAUGUACCUGCAUAUUUUAUUAUGCACGCGCGUAUACGAAUAAUUAGACACUGUAUACAUUCAUAUAUACACACGCAACUCGUAUAUCUCAUUGACUUGCACAGGUACUUACAUUCUGCGAGAGUAUACUUAAAGAUAGGCGAUUUCUUGCAUAUGAAUACCAUAUUUUUAUAUCUAUAGACACGCAUUUUACACGUUCAGAUUUUCAAUUCCGUAAAUCUUUAUGUGGAAUAGAUCUUCCAUUAGAUUUACGGACUUUUCAAUGAAUAUACGAGUCCUGCAACGACCGGAAUUGCAAUAUUUUAUUCUGUUUGACUUAAUUUCUAACGUGCUGCACUCGAAUCCUAUCAAAUCAUAUCAAUAAAUUCAUAAAACAUAUAUUUAUUCAUGAAAUACUAUAAUUUUAAUCUACUUUUACGUAGGAAAUUCAAAAGAAGCGUGUGCGUGCUUCCUAAACAAUCGAUAAUGCUAUAAUUGAGCGGUUCGGAGCCUAUAAUAAGCAAUAAGGCUGGUGAAAGAAAUAGAAGGCUAUAAUUAAUUGAACAAACUAUUUUCAACUCUAAAAUAUAUAUAUAUAUAUAUAUAUAUAUAUAUAUAUAUAUACAUACAUACAUACAUAUAUAGAUGAUAAAUUGUAUUUUCAUUCUCUUUAGAGUAUGUUACUGAAUCUCUAUAAAGUCGCUUAUAUCGUGGGAUAUAUUGAUUGUUAAUUAAUAGUAGGAUAGAGAGAGGAAAAACGGAGAAACCCUGAUACUCUCUUAAUCAUUGUGAUAGCAAGCAGAAUUGCUCGAAAAUCAAGACGAUAUUUAGACCAGCACUUUAAUGUUAAUAACAAACAAGUUUGUAAUGCAGAUUCUAAUUAGUGAAAUUUAAUCAAUCAUCGUAAAUAUUAAUGAACACAUGUGUAUGCGAAUACAUAUACACACAUCUGCAUGAGUUACUGUAUGGUAUUAUGUUGUAAUGAAGGCGAAUUGUUGCGGAGCGAUAGAGCAAUUGUAAAUAAUCUAAUUAAUGUACAGUAUUAAAAAAAAAAGAAAGAAAAGAAGUAAUAAUUAGCAAUAGGCUCUCAGUAGCUGAUUUACCUCUUAAAUUUUAGCGCGACUUAAGGAAUAAAAUAUAUAUUUUAAUUGCA